UACAUAUGUGAUGGUCAGGUACCGGGGCAGGGGCCUUUCUGUCCUGGAAUACUGUCAUUACCUGCUGAACAAUGAAUAACUGCAUUCUUCUUGAAGAAGAGCUGAUCAAAAGGUCCCAGCAAAAGAGAAGGACCUCUCCUUCCAACUUUAAAGUACGAUACUUUGUUUUAACCAAGUCAAGGCUGGCUUAUUUUGAACAUCGUCCUGGGAAAAAACGAACUCUAAAGGGCUCGGUUGAACUGUCCAAGAUUAAAUGUGUAGAAAUUGUGAAAAGCGACAUCAUAAUUCCAUGUCACUAUAAAUAUCCUUUCCAGAUUUUUCAUGACAACUAUCUCUUGUAUGUGUUUACGCCCAACCAAGAAAGUCGGGAGAGAUGGGUGCUUACUUUGAAAGAAGAAACUAAAAACAACAAUUUGGUGACAAAAUAUCACCCAGAUUUCUGGAUAGAUGGGAGAUGGAGAUGUUGUACUCAGAGUGACAAGUUGGCAACAGGCUGUAUGGUAUAUGCUGCAGCCAGGAAUGUUGCCAAGAAACCUCUUCCUCCGACUCCAGAGGAUAACCAGAGAUUACUUCUAAAUACCAAGGAAUCUUUAGUUAUUGCUAUUUAUGACUACAGAGCUCAGAAUCCCCAGGAACUGACAUUACAAUGUAAUGAAGAAUAUUAUAUUAUUGACAAUUCUGAGGAUCACUGGUGGUUGGUUCAGGAUAAAAAUGGGCAUGAAGGAUAUGUACCAAGCAGCUAUGUAGUGGACAAAUCACCAGAAAAUCUACAAAUAUAUGAGUGGUACAACAAGAAUAUCAGCCGAACCAGGGCUGAAGCACUACUCAGAGAGGAGGCUAAGGAAGGAGCAUUCAUGGUGAGAGACUCAAGGCACCCAGGCACAUAUACAGUCUCUGUCUUCACAAAAGCUCUGAGCAAUGAGAACAAUCCAGUUAUAAAGCAUUAUCACAUCAAAGAGACAUGUGACAGCCCCAAGAGGUACUACCUGGCAGAGAAGUAUGUCUUUGACUCUAUCCCGGAAAUGAUCAACUAUCAUCGUCACAAUGCAGGAGGUCUUGUUACUCGUUUACGGUAUGCUGUUUGCUCCUGGAGAGAAAAAGCCCCUGUCACUGCUGGUCUGAGUUAUGGAAAAUGGAUGAUAAACCCACAGGAACUGACUUUUGACCAGGAAAUUGGUGUAGGCGAGUUUGGGGUAGUACAUCUUGGCUUCUGGCUUCAGCAGAUGAAGGUGGCCAUAAAGACUAUUCGUACAGGAGCAAUGUCACAAGAGGACUUUAUUGAAGAGGCCCAGGUCAUGAUGAAGCUGUCUCAUCCCAAAUUAGUCCAGCUUCAUGGUGUGUGCAUGCAACAAGAUCCCAUGUGCCUUGUGUUUGAGUACAUGGAAUAUGGCUGUUUGAGUGAUUACCUAAAGAGGCAACGUGGAAGCUUCUCAAAGGAAGACCUUUUGGGAAUGUGCCAGGAUGUAUGUGAAGGAAUGGCUUAUCUGGAACAAGUGUCAAUCAUCCAUAGAGAUCUGGCUGCUCGGAAUUGUCUGGUAGGAGAAUUCCAUGUUGUCAAAAUAUCUGAUUUUGGAAUGUCACGGUAUGUCCUUGAUGAUCAGUAUACAAGCUCCAUGGGCACCAAAUUUCCCGUCAAAUGGUCAGCACCAGAGGUUUUCUCCUAUAGUCGGUACAGCACCAAAUCUGAUGUCUGGGCAUUUGGAGUGUUGAUGUGGGAGGUGUUCAGUGAAGGCAAAGCACCUUAUGAGAAUCGGAGCAAUGCUGAAGUAGUAGAAGAAAUCAGUGCUGGUCUCCGCUUGUAUAAACCCAGACAAGCCUCCAAUACUGUUUACAAGCUCAUGAGAAAUUGCUGGAGUGAGAAGCAAGAUGACAGACCAACCUUCUCUACCCUGCUUUACCAGCUCAAUGAAAUCUCUGACUCUGAUCUGCAGCCAAUGUUUUGAAGGGCUUUUUAGCUCCUGAAACAGACAACAUAUGAAAAACAUGCCUAUUCUUAUACAUGUGCCAGCCAGAUUUUUCCAUCAUAGAAAUCUUCUGGGGACAACCAGCUUGGGACAGAAAUUCUUACAGGAAUUGCUCUCACUGCUGCAGAUUGAGAAAAUGGGUAGUGUCAAUUGCUUUCAGGAUUGUCUGAGAAUUGGACAGACUAGUCAGUGAAGAUCCCUGAGUCUUAUUUUCCAGUGUUAUUUUUCUAUCAUAUCAGAAUAAUAAUGCUUAUGGUGAGGCAAAUAGCCACUGUUUUACAAAGAUAAAACCAUUUAUUUAUUGAAAAGUGUUCCAGAUGAUGAGAAACUGACAUACGACCUCCCCCCCUCCACACACACACACUGUUCAAAACUGUUUGAAGCUGAAAGGGAAUAUUCAACUAACAUUUUUGCAGUAGAUCUGAAACAUGAUCAUUGUAAAAGGAAAUUACACAAGUUAUCAUAUAAGAUGGGUCACAACAGCAGGAACAGCUGGGCCUAAGAACUGCAUCUUGUGCUCUGAAAAGGUCAGGAAUGGUCUGUCUUCUGUUAGUUCUCAAGUGUGAUAUCCAUAGAUGUGUCAAUAAAAAAGAAUUGCACUUGUAUGAAUGGUGGUGGUACAAACUUUUAAAAAGUGGAUUUUAGACAUAAAGAAAAAAUCUUUAACUAAGUUUUAAUUCUGACGUUUUAUGUUGCCAUUUGAUGGCAAUUACCUAAGUAUUUAUCAUUUGGCUGAAUAUGUGCACUUCAUAGACUUUAAAAGAAAAAAAAUCAUUAAUCUAGAGUAGGAUUCAAGCAAAAUAAUCAUUAUCUAUGUAGAAAUUAGAUAUCAAAAGGAAGAUCUGGAAAAUACACCCUCAUUUAAAAUUUUAACUCAAUUUAUUUUGUCUAUUAAAUAUUAUGCAGCCUCAAUUUCCAAAGUAAAGAGAGUGUUACUGUAAAACAUUAAGCAAUGCAAUUUUUGCUCUUUCUGAAACUUUUCUCUUUGCCUGAAAUAACAAAUUAGUAUAAUUUUUCCAUCUCACUUCUCUUGUGAGAUGUUUCUUUUCUUUUUCUUUUUUGUCAGCACAUGCUCUAGCCCUUGCUUGUUGGUUCAUUGUUGUUGUUCACAUACCUUUCUGCAUGUUGUGUGAUGACACAUCAUGUUUCUCAAAGCCGGUCUUCCUAGCAUCCUAAAGGGAGCCUGAUCCUUGGAUGGAAAGACACAGCAGGUUCAAGGGCAGAAGAAUUUAGCUGAUGUAAACAUAAACUAACAACUAGAACUUAAUGAAGAUACUUUGGCCUAUCUCAUGUGCCUCUUGUGAGCUUGUUUGUAGGCAGCCAAUUAUUAUUUAUAAGAGCAGUCAAUUAUAUUUAUUUAAUUUUUUUAAAAAAAUGAAAUUAAACAAUUGAAAUUGUUCGAAAUUGAAAUUGUUCGGGAUUUUCUCUUCCUUGGCUCAAGCAUCAACCAAAAAGGAGACUGCAAUCAAGAAAUCAGAAGAAGAUGAGACUUGGAAGAGCAGCCCUGAGGGAACUAGAAAAGAUCCUUAAAGAUAAGGCUGUCUCUCUGGGGACCAAGAUCAAGAAAAUCCAAACUAUGGUAUUCCCCAUAACUAUGUAUGGCUGUGAAAGUUGGACAAUGAAGACAGCUGACAGGAAGAAAAAUGAAUCAUUUGAAAUAUGGUGCUGGAGGAGAGUUUUGCAAAAAGACAAAUAAGUGUUCUAGAGCCAAUCAAGCCUGAAUUCUCCCUAGAAGCUUAAAUGACAAAACUGUGGCUAUUGUAUUUUGGUCACAUCAUAAGAAGACAAGACUCUCUGUAAAAGUCAAUAAUGCUGGGAAAAGUGGAAGGCAGUAGAAGAAGAGGAAGACCUAAAAUGAGAUGGAUUGAUUCAAUAAAGGAAGCCAUAUCCUCCAGUUUGCAAGAUCUGAGCAAGUCUGUUAGUGUCCUAUGUUAGGACACUGGAGGUCUUUUAUUCAUAGGGUCUCCAUAGGUCAGAGGUGACUUGACAGCACAUAACACACACAAUUUGUUAUUACAUAGUAAUAAAGAGGUGGGGGCAUAUAACAGAUUUUCAGCUUAAUGUGCCAAAAUAUCUUGGUCUGGCUCUGUUCCUAUUUGUUCAUUCACAAUGUCAAGUUAUAUUAUGCAUUACUUUUUGUCCCCUAAAUCAUGACUUGUUUUAAUGCUGAGAGUUAUAGCACUGCUCCAGAAAGCAAUACUAUAUUUAUAGUUGUAGGAGUUAAGAAAAAUAUUUAUUGGUUACAGCUUGUUGCCCUGACCUGGAUAGCCCAGGUGAGCCUAGUCAGAUUUCAGAAGCUAAGCAGAGUCGGCCUUGGUUAGUAAUUCGAUGGGAGACCUCCAAUGAAGACCAGGGUUGCAGAGGCGGGCAAUGGCAAACCACCUCUGUUAGUCUCUUGUCAUGAAAAUCCUACCAGAGGUUGCCAUAAGUCAGCUAUGACUUGAGGGUGCUUUUCACCACAGCUUGUUGCACAGUAGCAUUAGAAAAUAGUACAGGCAGUAGAUGUUCACAUUCAGUAAAGUUUCUAUCAACUUUCUGGAUCAUAAUAUGUUGGUGGUUAGGCUAAUGCAACACAUUUAAAACAAAAGCCAUGACUUAGCAUACCUUUUGUGCCUAAGCAGCCUUCUGUCCACUUUGCUGAUGGAGUUGUCCAUCCUCUAAUUUAUUCAUGACCACCUAUUCUUACAUUUUGACUAUUGACACCUGGAUCAGAGCAAAAUAUCAUACUAAUUUAGAGAUAAUUUGCUAUCAGGAUAAUCUUUGAUACAUUUUUGCAUUUUGGGAUAUCUUAAACUUCUAGUGUCUCAUUAGAAAAUAAUCAUAUGCCUCUAAGUGAGUUUUCCCAACUGAAAACCAAGGGUUUGGGGUUUGGGUUUUUUUUUUGGUAAAGUCAUGUUUCUUGAGGAGCCACUGACUUUUAAAAAGGCUUACCAAGAUUAUUUUAAAAAAUGAUGUUGCCCAUCCUCUUCUUGCUGUAAUCGUGCUAGCCCAUAUUAUAAUAGAAAAACUUUUUGAGGGGGAGGAAUAACCUGUUUUCUACUCUCCACAGUCUAGGAUUGUUAUCCGCUACUUUAAUGUGAAAGCAUGUUUAUGAUGUGGAAAAAGAAACUUCUUUAUGCUAAUGAAUCUGAGUGGAAUUUUCAGAUUAAAUGAAUGUACUUAUUCAGCCAUGUACAAUUGUUUAUUUACACUAGUGUAAACUGUACAUAUUGAGUGAGAUUAAAUUAUAUAUAUUGAAGACCAUGUAUGUCAAAAUGUGCUGUUGAAAAAAAAUCUUGUUAAUAAA